UCUGACAAGAUGGCGAGCAUCAUGUACACAUUGUACACAGUAUCGCUUAAAUUAAGUUGUGUUUAUUAUUCAACGUGGAAAAGACGGAUUUAACAUUUCUUAAUUAAUAUACGUUGAUCUUAUAUUUUAUGAGUUCACACAUAUAUCCUCGUUUAAGUGUAUUCUUAUUGCAAAAAAUUUUAGACAAUUAAGAAUAAAGCUUAAAAGCUAAAUAAUAAUUUAAUAUAGAUCACACUAAUUACCAUGGACGAAAUAGAUUAUAAAUUAAGAUCACAAAAUCCCACUUUAAUAUCACAUGCAAUAUCCAAAUUGAUUGAUACGAUCAAGAAAAAGUUAGUAGAAGAAAAUGAUAUUUCAAAGAUAGCAGAAUUUAAAUUGCUCUCAACUAAAUGCAACAGCGAUGAUUUUAUAGUCAGCACAUCUGCAUGUCAAGCAUUGAUUGUACUUGUUGAAAUUGGAUUAUGGGAUGUUAAAUCUGCAUUAGCGAACUUUAUGGCAUGUUUAUCUUCUUCAAAAAAUUAUAAUGCCAUUACUAUAGCUGUGGGUCAACUCUUGAUAUUGGAUUGGAAAAUACAAAAUGAAUGCAGCAAAUAUACUCUUCAAGCGCCUACGCAGCAUCCAUUUAUCACAAUCCUAAGUCAGGAAAAGCUCAGCUGGAGAUCUGUAUUGAAUCAAAUAAAACUCAUCUUGCAUCAUCAUGAUAAACGUGUUAUGGAACAAAGUAUAGAGCUAUUACGACCUGUAUUCAUGUAUAUACUGUGUAAUCCGUCCAUGGACUUAUGCGAGAGCUGCAAACGUGAGACAUGGCAACUUGUAAUCAAAUCUAGUAACACUUUGGAUUUACAAGCAGAAAUUUUACUCUGGUUGUGUACAAGUCGGAUAGAUACUUGCAUCGAUGCGAACUAUCGAGUGCUUGAACUCGCCGAAGUAUCCUUACUGAAAGGAGAUGAAGAAUAUUGCACGACUCUGAUACCUUUAAUCGCGUCUUUGAUAAUACAGCUUUUGGAAUACGGGCAUGAACCGGUGCAAAAUUUUUGCACAAUCUUGGAUCUAAUGGAACGGUCUCGUGAUGAUAUAGGAAAUAUCACGAUAGCUAUGAUGACGGAAAUAAUCUUAAUAUGUCCCGCAGCUUAUUUGCUCAAUGUUCUUCAGAUAUGUGCAAUCAUCGUGGACAAAAUGCCGUGUAACAUCAUAUUAUUAAAUGCAUUAGCUGCAUCCUUGUUAAAAUGGCUGGCUUAUCCAUCACUAUUGUGUUCUGAUGCAUUAGCGGUAGCAAAAGAAUUAUUAAUCAGAAUAAUGUCACAAAAACAAAUAGGCAAUAGUGACGAUAUUGUCUCAAACAAAACGCUGCUCAUGUUUAGCUACAGCAACAGAUAUAUCCAGUUUUAUACAGAACUCAUUCGCAGUCUGUAUUCUCUGGAAAACGAUAUUCUGUCAUGGUUGGAAAACUUAUCACUCGCACCGAUCGAUCUAAGAUACAUGUGCAAGCUUAUUUUGUGUGGAAUCUUCCUAUACAGCGACGAAGCCAUCGUUGUACAGAAAACCUGCGACAUUCUCCUGCAAAUAGCGCGGGAGAUCAACUCCUUCGCGUCGCACGUUCUAUCCCUGUUGUUGCAUAAAUUAACCAAGUCACGUGAUAGUUUUAUCUUGAAAUAUCUGCUGCUAACCGUCCCCGAGUUCGCCAUGUCCAAGGAGAACUUGCCGAUUGUCAUCCACACGUUGGACACGAUGUUUAACAGCGGCAAACCGAUGAAGUACUUCGCGAUCCAGCUCUACACGAAGGCGUUGGAGAAGGAGCCACGUUGCUACCGCUUCAUAUCCACUGCUCUGAUGGAUACUAUGGAGACUGAUCGCAGUUGGCACUCGGACGUGACGUGUGCUCAGGCGAUCAAAUACAUCUGCGAGAACCGACCUGAGCACGGUGAGGAACUUGUACCGUUGCUGUCGCAGAUCUUGAAUCGCUGCGUCGAUUUGAACGGCGGGACUGCUAGCGCACUCGCACUCAAUAGCAUCUCUGCUUUGUGCAAAUCUGCGGUGAUAGGUAUCUACUCCACCUGGCAGGUAUUAGCGCCGAAGAUGCGCAAGGAAAAACGCACUGUGGUGCUGGAGAGUUUAUGCGAGCUCUUUGCGGAUAUUCCAUCGUAUCCAUUCCGUGCGAGUGACGACUAUGAUAAAUUCAUCGUUGACAUCGUGACGCUUCUGUGGGAUUACGCAAUUUGCGAAGACACGAGGGUCGCGGAAGCGGCGUUCAAGGCGUUGAGAUCUUACCAUCUGGAACGAGUUCCUCUAAGUGCUUUGCCCCUGGACUUUCAAUCAGAUCUCGUAGUGUCCUGCGCUUAUCCCGGAAAGGUAGCCAAUGAAGGUGAUAAACCCGAAGAUGCCUUGCAAUACAUACCGGGCAGUUGUUGGAUUCAGAUGUUGAAGAAGGUGAACAAAAACGUUUUGUCGGCAGCUGGAGAUCUUUUAAUUUUUUAUAUCGAGGAUGAAUUGAGCGGCUUUAAGUCGCGAAUAUACACGUGGCCGCAAGGAGAACCGCAGAACUACAAGUAUUUGCCAGAGAGGAGCGUGAUAAGGGCUGUUGGCGAAUAUCUGAGACGAGGCAACAAGGCUGAUCUGAGUAAUCAGAGAGCUGUGAUAGAAUGUCUACGCAUAUUCGCGCAUAAAUACAAAAAACCAUUACCGAAUGUAAAGUGGGAUUUCUUGAAGGAAACUAUGCAGAUAUCGGAGGAGGCUAAGGAGUACAGUCUAUCAAUUGUGAGUCGUCACUGUCAAAUCUCUGCAUCGGCGAAAUUGCUCACGGAGAGUUUCCUAUCGAUGUACACAUCCGCAUCGGAAGCUGGUCGAUUGUUGCUAAAUGAGAAACAUCUAGUGCUUUACUCGAAUCUCGACGAGCUGUGCCAAGCCAUUCAACCCAAUUCUCUGAAACAAUUUCUCGAGACUUCUCUACAUUGCAUCAUUGAGAAAAUCUUACUCAAUGACGAAAGAUCAAUCGAUUUGUACAAUUACAUUAUGUCUUCGUACAUCACCGCUUUGAAAAGCAACGUGAUACAUAUAGGAAACCGCACGUUACUUACCAAUAUGUUGGAAGAAAUAUUAGAGAAAGUCGAUUUAACAUCCAAUUAUUUCAAGAAAUAUCUUACAGCCACGAUGGAAUUAUUGGCCAAAGACAUCGAAAGAAUGACGUCACCUAGCAUUUGGUGGGAAGUGACGCCGAAAAAACUGAGGAACGCCAUUGCUAUUAGAGCUGAAGUAUCUUUCAGGGAACUGAAUUCUAUUAAUUCACCACUCACUUGGCUAAAUGAACCUAUCAAUGUGGCUGUGUCUAAUCCUGAGAUGCAAAAAUAUUUGUUAGAAAAUAUACAAAAAGUGCAAACUAACUUAAGAUUGGAGAAAUCUUGUGAUCUUGGAUCCCAAAAAGAUUGGAUUUUAAAUUUUAUGAGUCAUAUUGAUGCGCUUAUAUUGGAGACAUCACAAGAAAAAAACAAUAUAAUCUUUUACUGUGAUAUCUUAUUUGUCUCGAUCAUCUGUUUAUCGGGCAUGGAUUGCUUAUUGCCGAAAAAAGAAUUACUAAUUACUUUGCGAGAUGACAGGAUAAGAUUGUUCCCACAGGCCCUUUCUGUGCUUAUUGAUCGACAAAUGUGGAAGUCCAUAUCUUGUCAGAUUAUGACAUGGCUGAAUCACAUGAGGACCAGUUCUGUACCUGAUGUGUAUAUAUCUGCGUUUCAAAGCGCAUUAAUCUUAUUAAGGCAUGAAGAAGACUAUAAUUUACAGUGGACAAAUUACUUAUCAGUCAAAACUUAUAUUCCCACAUAUAACUAAAAAUCUAUUUACAUAAAAUAUUUUUAUAUUAAAAAAGGGAAGAUUUUAUAUUGAAAUUGAUUUACUUAUUUGUAUUACACUUAGCCUUACACUUCAUUAAUAAUAUUCAAUCCUAUAAUUAUAAUGAAUAAUUUAUAUGUUUUCCUGACAAUUUUAUUUUCUAUACUUUAUUGCUAUAGAAUAAUAAUUACGAGAAAUUCUGAUAAGUUCAUACACUUGUUAGAGCUAUCUUCUUACAGCAUAAUUAAUAUCCAAUUCGUUAGAUAAACAUUAAACAUUUCAAUAUUUGAACAGUAAACUGUAGAAAAAGAUAUGCUAAUUCGUCAUUGUUGAAAAAUAUAUAAAUAUUCAAAAGAAAAAACAACUAUUAUUUUUUA